CCGCCAUCUCGACGCGCUGGAGGUAUUUAUUCGCGUGGUCCUCUCUCUUUCAGACUCCAAAGCUCUUCUCCACGAAUCCUCUGAACCAAUUCUUAUACCCCAAGACCCUCACACACACUCGCAAUGGCUGAACCCGAGUUUGAGCAGGCGUACAAGGAGCUCGUCUCCACUCUGGAGAACUCCUCCCUGUUCGAGAAGAACCCCGAAUACAAGAAGGCCCUCGAGGUCGCCGCCAUCCCCGAGCGAGUGAUCCAGUUCCGCGUGAGGUGGGAGAACGACAAGGGCGAGUGCCAGGUGAACAAGGGCUACCGUGUGCAAUUCAACUCUGCCCUCGGCCCCUACAAGGGCGGUCUCCGCUUCCAUCCCACUGUCAAUCUGUCCAUCCUGAAGUUCUUGGGCUUCGAGCAGGUCUUCAAGAAUGCUCUUACCGGCCUCAACAUGGGCGGCGGGAAGGGCGGUGCCGACUUCGACCCAAAGGGCAAGUCUGACAACGAGAUCCGGAAGUUCUGCGUGGCCUUCAUGACGGAGCUCAGCAAGCACAUUGGCGCCGACACUGAUGUCCCGGCUGGUGAUAUAGGUGUCUCGCCCCGCGAGAUCGGCUGGAUGUUCGGUACAUACCGCGCCAUCAGGAACAGGUGGGAGGGUGUCCUCACCGGAAAGGGUGGUUCCUGGGGAGGUAGCUUGAUCCGACCUGAGGCCACCGGAUACGGUCUUGUCUACUAUGUCGAUCACAUGAUCGCCUACGCCUCAGGCGGCAAGGAGUCCUUCAAGGGAAAGACUGUUGCCAUCUCCGGCUCCGGCAACGUCGCCCAAUACGCCGCCUUGAAGGUCAUCGAGCUCGGCGGAACCGUCGUCUCCCUCUCCGACAGCAAGGGCGCCCUCAUCGCCGAGGACGGCAAGAGCUUCAGCCCCGAGGACGUCAACGCCAUUGCCGCCCUCAAGGUCCAGCGCAAGUCACUCACCGAUCUCGAGAGGCACAGCUUCAAGUACCUCGCGGGCGCGCGCCCCUGGACCCACGUCAAGGUGGACAUCGCCCUUCCCUGCGCGACCCAGAACGAGGUCUCGGGCGACGAGGCGAAGGCACUCAUCGAGAGCGGCGCCAAGUUCAUCGCCGAGGGCAGCAACAUGGGCUGCACACAGGAGGCCAUCGACGCGUUCGAGGCACACCGCAAGGAGAAGAAGGGCGAGAGCAUCUGGUAUGCGCCCGGCAAGGCCGCCAACGCCGGUGGCGUGGCCGUCUCGGGCCUCGAGAUGGCGCAGAACAGCGCGCGUCUGUCAUGGACGAGCGAGGAGGUCGACGAGAAGCUCAAGGGCAUCAUGAAGGCGUGCUUCGACAACUGCCUCGAGACCGCGAAGGAGUACAUCACCCCGGCUGAGGGCGAGUUCCCGUCGCUGGUGGCUGGUGCUAACGUGGCUGGGUUCAAGAAGGUGGCGGCGGCCAUGAAAGACCAAGGUGAUUGGUGGUGAUUGCUUUUGUAAAUACCCGAUGCAGGAACUGGACUUUUGACUUCAAAUGGAUUUGGAUUGAGCGA